AUGCACCCCGAACACCAAAAUAAAACGUCUGAUUUUUUUGAAAGAAAAGCAUCAGAACAAAGUCGGCAAGUAGUUUUUUUUGAUAAACAUACUAAUUUAAAUAAAACACUUCUUAAAGCUUCUUUUGAAAUGRCUUUACUAAUUGCUAAAGCUAAAAAAAGUUUUACUAUUGGAGAAAACUUGGUUUUACCUGCAGCAAUAAAAAUAUGUGAAAUUGUACACGGUGAUAAAAUUGCAGAUGCAUUACGGUCCAUCCCURUUUCUAAUGAUACUAUUAAAAGAAGAAUAGACUAUAUGGGGGAUUGUAUGAAAUCUCAAUUAUUAAUUAAAAUUAAAAAUAGUGACACUUUUGCAAUACAACUCGAUGGAUCGACAGAUCUUACAAAUAAUGCCCAGUUAAUGGUAUUUGUGAGAUAUCAAUAUAAUCCAGAAAUAAAUGAAGAUUUACUUUUUUGUGAAACUCUUCCGAGACAACAAAAGGCAUAG